AAAUUUACAAUUAGUUUAUAUUGUUUAACAAAUAUUAUCCUUUAAAGUAAUCGUUUGUGGCACUGGAUACUGCAAAUCAUUGAUUUUAUUCUUGUAUACCUGGAAAUUGUUACCACGGUAACUAUGUAAGCUUACUACCUAGUAGAGGUUGAUCAAUAGCCUUACACAUGUACCAAUGGAUGGAUGUCUGGAUAUCACGCCUAUCAAGAUCCCGCGCCCUUCUUACCUCUCCUACGUGGAUUUAGCUGUCAUUGAAGCAAAAGAAAAGGAGGAAUCACUGUUGGCCAGUGCCAAAAAGAAAUAUGGAGACAUUUCCCUGAAUCUUGUCAUGAUUUACAAGACAAAGCCCACACUUGGUGUUGCUAUAGAGGGUGGCCAUAACACUCGUCAGCCAAUUCCAAAAGUCAUAAGUAUUCAGCAUGGGGGAUCAGCGUUUGAAUCAGGAGGCCUGAAAUGUGGACACACGAUUUUAGAAGUGAAUGGUCUGUCCUUGUUUAAUGUGGACCACCGUGAGGCAGUUAGGAUUAUUGCAGAUGCCUUCCAGGACCCUUCCACAAACUCUCUUUACCUUCUUGUUUCCAUGGACUCAGUUGUUUCCAGACUCAAAGACAACAUAGAUCCUUAA